AAUCCUAUGGUAAAGAAAGUUGGCUUUUGGACUUGUAAUCUUGAUGUCCCAUCGCUUAAUGAGAUUAUGUUUAUCUGUAUUUGUCGAAAUACUAAGUGCCAUUAGGAAUGACUAACGAUUAAAUUAGGAACUGUCUUAUUUAAGAAGAAACUUCUACUGUCGUUCAGUUGUUGGUUGAUAUUGUAACAGUAAGGACCCUCAGGAAAGUUGGUGAUACUAUGACAACAGUGUGACGAGUCAAAGGAAGAAGAAUAUUAAUUGAAAGAAUAACGAAAAAAAUAAUUACAUUAAAAAGACAAAAUGGCAUUAAGCUUAGCAUUGCCAUUAUCAGGCGUCGAAACAGAACAUUUCUAUGCAUUAGGUGCACAAGCUAUGUACAAUAACGGUUUGAGAGCAAUUAACGGUAUUGGACCUUAUUCACCGUCUACUGAUAGUGAAUCAUCAAGUGGUUUUAGCAGUCUAACACCUUCUAUAGAAUCUAGUGAAAAUGUUGAAUCAGAUCAAACUACACCAUCUUCUUCAAGGUCGUCAAGUCCAAUUAAUUCAGAAGAUGAAUCGAAUAUUAUAAAAGUGGAGAAGAAAGUACAACAAAAUUUAAAUCAACCGAUUAAAAUAAUAUACGAUAAUCGGGACAUAUUAAAUCUUGGCGCAAAUAUUAGAGAUCCUGUCUGGAUGUUAAUGAGGUACAAUGGUCAGACUAAAGAAUUAGAUAAAAAUGUGUAUGAAGGUUUACCGAAUGCUCUAAUUGUAAGAGUUUUUGAAUGUUGGUUAAGAACACCUGAAAUAUUUUUAAAAUUAAUUGCUCAUUCUCAUCUCGGAUUGAAAAAUUAA